AUGGAAAAGCAAUCACUGGAUAGCUGGCCUCUCUUUGAAGUAGUAGCUAAGGAAGAAGAGCCCUUUUGGUUCCAAUACCAGCAGCUGCUGGAUUUCAGUGGGGAGUCUCAUCUGAAUUGGCAAGCUGAAGUUCCUAUAAAGGAGGAUGUGUUUGGAGCUCCUCCAUUAAUGGAGAGCUUUGUUCAUGAACCUUGCUGUUCAUCCAUGGAGUUCUUGCCUGACCAUACAAACAUGUUGCCAGGUGCAGAUGAUUGGUACGAUUCCUUUGAUGGUGGGUUUGGAGUUUUGGAUGAUUUGAGUGUUAAACCUCAAGCAAAGAAAGAUAUGGUUUUUUGCAAUGAAGAAGAGAGUGGUGAGGAGUUGAAAGAGAGGAAGGAGGAAAGAUUUAGAGAGGAAGGUAUGGUGUUUUGCAAUGGAGAAGAGAUUAGUAGUGAGGAGCCAAAAGAGAUGAAGAUGGAAAGAGCCAGAGAAGAAGGUAUGGUGUUUUGCAAUGGAGAGGAGCUGAAAGAGAAAAAGGUGGAAAGAUGCAGAGAAGAUAGAAGCAUAAGCUUCAAAGAGCUAUCUCGUUAUUUUUACAUGCCCAUAACACAAGCAGCGAAGGAGAUGAACGUUGGAUUGACGCUGUUGAAGAAGAGGUGUAGGGAAUUGGGUAUUCCCAGAUGGCCCCACAGGAAGAUGAAGAGCUUACAAACGCUUAUCAAGAACGUCCAGGAAUUGGGGAGGGAGGAUGGAGAAGUAGGUGAAUCCCAGCUCAGGACUGCCAUAGAGGUGUUGGAGCAGCAGAAACGAAUGAUGGAGAAAAUCCCAGCCAUGGAAAUUGGGGAGAAAACGAAGAAGCUCAGACAAGCUUGCUUUAAGGCUAAUUACAAGAAGAAAAAGCUUAUGGGGAUGGUGGACUCACAGCCUAGUAGCUAUACAUGGAUGCAAGAUUGAAAGGGAAUUAUUUGAUCCUUGAUAUGGGGAUAUGCAUUGUAUUUGGGUUUUCAUGUGAAAGUGGGCUCCUUUUUCUUGUGAUGCAGACCAUGGGUUUGGUGGCCAAACACCAUGGACGGACCAUGUCCCCAAAUUCUCCUCAAUGGGUCGACUCUUAAUCUUUCUACAGAAAUGGUCUACCUUCAAAGAGAGACGGCCCCAAGAAUGGUGGCUAGGGUCUUCGACUACGGGUUCAUCUAAG